AGAGAUAUGUGGGCACACAUAAUGUUUUUAGCCCACUAGAUAAAGACGAACAAUGGUAGCUGAAUGGAAUUAAUGGGAGAAAAUAGUGUUUGCAUAUUUAAGUAAAUUUUUAAAAAGUACAUUCUUCAUGGUUUAAUUUAAGAAGUCCGAGCUGAGGAGGAGCAUGUGAACGCAGCAUAGUUGGACUCAACGGAGAGCAGGGGAAAGAAAGGGACGAGGAAGGCGCUGUGUGAUACAGCCUCACAAUCUUGGCGCGAAUCCGACUUAAAGAGGGAUUAGACAGUUACAUUUGCACAGACGUUUUGAUCUAAUUUGCGCCUAACCGCUGCUUCUCUCACAACGUCGGUCGGUGCUUUAGCCAGCUGGCCUCGUUAGCACGCUAUCUAUCACUGUCAUAUUAACUAAUCUGGCCCCCUUUCCUCAGUCUGUAACGUUAAUCACGACACUAAUAGCCGCUACAGUAAAGCCUGGGGACAAUAGAGGUAUAUUUCUCCAGGGGGAUUGAUAAGGCGCAGCUGCAAAAUGGGGAGGAAGUCCAACAGAGCAAAGGAGAAGAAAGCCCGACGCCUGGAGGAGAGGGCGGCUAUGGAUGCCAUCUGUGCCAAGGUGGACGCAGCCAAUAAGCUAGAUGACCCUCUGGCUGCCUUCCCAGCCUUCAAAAAGUACGACAGAAAUGGGCUGAACCUGCAGAUAGAGUGUAAGAGAGUGACCUCGCUCAACCCGCUGUCUGUGGAGUGGGCCUUCGAACUCACCAGAGCCAACAUGCAGUCACUGUACGAGCAGAGUGAGUGGGGGUGGAAAGAGAGGGAAAAGAGGGAGGAGAUGAACGACGAGAGGGCGUGGUACCUGCUGGCUCGUGAUGCCGACUCUGCCCCUGUGGCUUUCUCUCACUUCCGAUUUGAUGUGGAGUGUGGGGAGGAGGUUUUAUACUGCUAUGAGGUGCAGUUAGAGAGCAGAGUGCGAAGGAAAGGCCUUGGCAAGUUCCUCAUCCAGAUACUACAGCUCAUCGCUAACAGUACACAGAUGAAGAAAGUGAUGUUGACAGUUUUUAAACACAACCACGGGGCUUACCAGUUCUUCAGAGAAGCUUUACAGUUUGAGAUCGACGAGACUUCACCGAGCAUGUCCGGGUGCUGCGGCGACGACUGCUCUUAUGAGAUCCUCAGCCGCCGGACCAAACAUGGCGAGGCCUCGUCGGGACACACCCACGGCGGUGGGCACUGCGGGGGCUGCUGCCACUGAUUCAACUUUCAUGGCUCUGUGUGAAAGCUUUGAGCUGCCUGCUGUUCUGCGAGUUCGAAUGGCCGUAGAGUGCUGUUAAAAAUGAAGUGAUGGUAGAAUACCUGGUUACAGAAAUUGAUGUUGCAUUGAGUGAGAUUUAUGUGUUGUUUUUUGUGUAUAUUCCUGGUACAAAAGCAGUAUGCAGUGUGAGCUUUCACACAUAGCUCUAGUUUUUUCUUCCUAGUUCUUGGUUCGAUGUCCACACCAUCUUUUCUCACUCUCUUAUCCCAGUGGCUAUUAGUAGUUCCCAGUCAAGAAAAGCUAAAGCAUUAUUGAUAUU